AUGGACUAUAACCAUUCACCGGAGUUUCCCGAGGCAUCGUAUCGUAGAAUUUUAGUUCUGCUGCACGAAAUUGUUCCCGUCCCCCGCCCCUCCCCCCUCAAGAUGAGUCACCGUAAGUACGAGGCUCCCCGCCACGGUUCUCUUGGUUUCCUUCCAAGAAAACGUGCUGCUCGUCAUCGCGGUAAGGUCAAGUCUUUUCCCAAGGAUGAUCACAGGAAGCGUGUCCACUUGACCGCCAUUAUGGGAUACAAGGCUGGUAUGACCCAUGUCGUCCGUGACCUCGACCGUCCUGGCUCCAAGAUGCACAAGAAGGAAGUUGUCGAGGCCGUCACCAUUAUCGAGACACCACCAAUGAUUGCUGUUGGUGUCGUUGGAUACGUCGAAACUCCUCGUGGCCUCCGUACCCUCACCACCGUCUGGUCAUCCCACUUGUCAGACGAAGUCAAGCGUCGCUUCUACAAAAACUGGUACCGCUCGAAGAAGAAGGCCUUCACCCGGUACGCCAAGAAGCACGCCGAGGACAAUGGCAAAUCCACAGCCCGUGAACUCGAGCGUAUCCGCAAGUACUGCACUGUCGUUCGUGUUCUCGCCCACACACAGAUCAGGAAGACGGGUCUCAGUCAGAAGAAGGCCCAUCUUAUGGAGAUCCAGGUCAAUGGUGGCUCUGUCUCGGACAAAGUCGACUUUGCCCAUGGUUUGUUUGAGAAGCCCAUUGACGUUUCGUCCGUUUUCGAGCAAGACGAGUGUAUUGAUGUGAUUGCUGUGACCAAGGGUCAUGGAUUUGAGGGUGUUACUCACCGUUGGGGAACGAAGAAGCUGCCACGAAAGACGCACAAGGGUCUCCGCAAGGUUGCUUGUAUUGGAGCAUGGCAUCCUUCUAAGGUCAUGUUCUCAGUUGCUCGUGCUGGUCAAAAUGGUUACCACCACCGAACGGAGAUCAACAAGAAGAUCUACCGCAUUGGUGCUGGUGAUGAUGAGAAGAACGCCUCUACUGAGCACGAUAUCACUCAGAAGACCAUCACACCUAUGGGCGGAUUCCCUCAUUACGGUAUUGUGAAGAAUGACUUCUUGAUGCUCAAGGGCUCAAUUCCUGGAACGAAGAAGCGUGUGAUCACUCUGCGCAAGUCGUUGAUGGUUCACACUUCUCGUCGGGAUUUGGAGAAGGUCCAACUCAAAUUCAUCGACACUUCCUCGAAAUUCGGUCACGGUUCAUUCCAAACAUUCGAAGAAAAGGCUGCGUUCCUCGGAACACUCAAGGCCCGUGCAUGA